AUGACGGUAGCGCACGACCUGACCCACCGGGGGUCCUUUACGCCUCAUAGCUCAGCAGGAAUGGCUCUUGAGGACCGAUUUGAAGUAUUGAAGGAGAUAGGAGAUGGUAGCUUUGGCAGUGUGGUAUUGGCGAGAGUCAGGAGUGCCGGCGCCAGUGUGGCCCGGAGAGGCACGGUGGUGGCCAUCAAAACUAUGAAGAAGACCUUUGAGGCAUUCUCUCCCUGUUUGGAACUCCGUGAGGUAGUUUUCCUGCGAACGCUACCACCACACGCUCACCUGGUCCCGGCCCUUGAUAUAUUUCUGGACCCCUUCAGCAAGAAGCUUCACAUCGCUAUGGAAUAUAUGGAAGGCAAUCUGUAUCAGCUCAUGAAGGCGCGCGAUCACAAGGCCCUUGAUAACGGCAGCGUCAAGAGCAUCUUAUUCCAGAUUAUGCAAGGAUUGGAGCAUAUUCACGCUCACCAUUUUUUUCAUCGCGACAUAAAGCCAGAAAACAUUUUGGUUUCAACCUCGUCUCACCAAGACUCGACCAACUCCUUUAGACGUUACUCGGCAUUGGUUACACCACCCUCGACUCCCCCGACGUACACAGUUAAGAUUGCGGAUUUCGGCCUUGCCCGUGAAACUCACUCCAAAUUACCUUACACAACUUAUGUAUCCACCAGAUGGUAUCGAGCACCUGAGGUUUUGUUGCGUGCCGGAGAAUACUCUGCACCCGUCGACAUUUGGGCUGUUGGUGCCAUGGCAGUGGAGGUUGCGACCCUGAAGCCUCUCUUCCCGGGAGGUAACGAAGUCGAUCAGGUAUGGAGGGUAUGCGAAAUCAUGGGAAGCCCAGGGAACUGGUACAACAAGGCCGGUGCCCGUGUAGGUGGCGGAGAUUGGAGAGAAGGAACGAGAUUAGCAGGCAAGCUUGGAUUCUCGUUCCCCAAGAUGGCACCCCAUGCUAUGGACACCAUCCUGCAGACACCUCAAUGGCCUGCAUCUCUGAGCCACUUUGUUACGUGGUGCUUGAUGUGGGACCCUAAGAACAGGCCUACAUCGACUCAAGCUUUAGCUCAUGAGUACUUUGCUGACGCUGUGGACCCUCUACGACCGAAGUCGUCCGCCUCGAGAAUUUUGGGCAGGAAGCCGUCCGAGAUUGGCCGUAAAGACGGUUCCUCAACUCCCACUUCGUCCAAGCCUUCAUGGUUCCGGAAGUCACUCAUCGGUCGCUCUGAGAGUGCCGAGCUGACGCCGGCACAAGCCGCGGCCAAAGAAAUGACGGCAUCACGACCCUCGCCUGUUCACGCGUCAACUGUCGAUGAGAUUCAAGCAGCUAAAACACGCCCACCGAAUGGUAAGCGCACAACCUGGACUAACGGCCCCUCAAACGUCGCACCGAUGCCCAUCCUUCCAACCAUCCGACCCAUAUCUCCCUUGUCUGACGCUGUCCACGCGCAAGCUUCCAAUAGGACACCUUCAUACAACGACUCGUAUGCGAAUGGUCACCGAGUGGCUCCGAUGGAGGAGAAAACGGCCAAGAAAAUCGGACGGCAAUUGUCUGUGGCGUCGAGCACGAAUCACUACGCCGAAAUCCACCGCCAGCAAGCCGAAAGGGCACUCAACGGCAACAGUGGACUCGCUUCUCCCCCGAAUGGCCACAAGGAGAGCUUCUUCUCUCAUUUGCGGAAACGCGCCAGACGCUUCUCAGGCAGACAUCAGACACCAGUAUCUCCGGCGUACGAUGACAUUGAAGCUCAAGCUGGCUGUGGUCCAUGGGCAAGCAACCGGUCAUCAAUGGUUAUAGAUCAGCCAGCGCCUGCUCCGGCAAAGAUUGAGAACUACGAGUCGCUAGAUCGAGCGAUUCGGGAGGCUCAACACGGCGUACAAGCGUCCCAGGCUCCACUUCCGCCCAGCCAUAUGGUGACUCCGACCAGCAACCUGAAGCGACACCAUUCCCUGCCCCACCAGCAACCACGAUCAGUUGAUAAUCUGAUCGGUGCGGCACGAGGCACUGGGCCUAUUUCCAGUCGCACGCGAAGGGCACAGGCAACUCACGGUGUCCAUCAAUACGAUGCGCCUGAUGAAGAGGAUGAGCUCCUUGAUGAGGUCCUCAACUCGACUCACCGUGCCAUGAAGCGCAUGGAGAAGGAUGGAAAGCCUGGGCUUCGGCAAUCGGCAAGCAACGUUGUGCUCUCCAACCCGUAUCCAACACCUUCGCCCUCCGCGAGCGGCAACCAGGUCCUAUUCGGCGACGGACAUGAGGCGAUCACGCCCAAACCCCUGGACCUGAAGCGGAAUGCCGCCCGAGAUGCCCAGAAGUGGCCGACGCCACCGUAUGAGGAGAGUGAGUGGGCGUCAUCGGCAGCGGCUAGCAUCUGGGCCGCGGGCAAUAGAUUUUGA